UGAGAAUCAUGCAACAUAACUAAAUUUAGACCAGUCUGGCAGUUGAAAAAAAAGGGCUUUCACAACUUCUCGGUACAUUUUCUCGAUCAAUAAUUGCUUUUAAGAAAAAUAAUUCCAUGGUAAAUACUCAUUAUCGUGGUUUUAUUUAGAGAAUUCUCUCACAAUAUGGUGAUUUUGACGAAGCCACCGAAAUAGCCCUUUUAACUGGAAUUGUUUUGGGGAACCCACAGUGUCGUACGAUUGUUGUCACUGUUUUCAUUGUUGUCGAUAAUAGUGAAAUUCGUGACAACAUUCAAAUUCCGUAAUGAGAAAUAACAAAUGAAGAACGAUAGUUUUAUUUCACUUCGAGGCAUUGGAAUGUCAUUUGGAGCACAAUCACAACAAGAAGUUCUGACUAAAAAUACAAGUCAAUGGACGAAAGCAAUUGUUAUCGCUAUUUUCAUUACUGUUCAAUGAAAAAACAAGAAAAAUUUCGCCUUCCCUGACAAUCAAUGCUCGCACGAUAAUAAAAGCAAACAAAGAAAAUCAGCCGGACAAAGUCAAAAAAAUGAAUGAAAUAAAAAAAAAGUGAAGAAAAUACGAGUUAUCAUUAAAAAAGGCGAGCGAUGUCAUUGACCGCAGUGUCAAUGAGACGAGAGCCGCUUGGUCACUCGCUGAACUCGCAAAUGCGCCGUUCAAUUUCAAAAACACUUCAUCAACUUAAAAUUGCUACUCUCGUGUUUUUUUUUUAAACCCCGUGAAACAGAAAUUUACAGUUACCACGUGAAAUAUUGAGUAACAAUUGUUUAUUGUGUUGUGACUCACAUCUUUGUCUUCCAGUACAUCAGUGGAUUUAAAAGUUUUGUUUAUCCACUCUUUGACAUUGAAAUCCUUCUCCGAGAAUGCUGAAACGUCCUGUAAAUACCGUUUUGAGAUAAGGGAUCUCGAGUGCAGACGAUCGAGGCAAGCACAAGGAGGAAAUUUCUAGGACCAAAUCGAUACGUGUGCUACCAGCGCUCAAAAACGUGAUACAUUUUGUGAUUAAUCACGAUUAAUUGGACAACAAUUCAGUGAUUUUUGUAUAAAAAAAAAUUCGUAUGCAACAGCAACGUAAUUCCGGCGUUCCUUCAGCCUCAGUGACAACGCCACCAUCAACAAUGUCAAAUAUGUUUCCACAGCAGUACUGCCUUAGAUGGAAGUACCAUCACAGCAAUCUGCAGACUAUGUUCUCACAGUUGCUUGAGAGACAGGCGUACUGUGACGUCACACUAGCUUGUGAGGGCCAGACACUGAGGGCGCAUAAGGUUGUCCUGAGUGCGUGUAGUACAUACUUCGAUACAAUAUUGUCGCAGUAUGAGGAGAAGGAUCCAAUAGUAAUAAUGCGUGACGUCAAAUUCUCAGACAUCAAAGUACUCGUUGAAUUCAUGUACAAGGGGGAGAUCAAUAUCGAUCACACAAGACUGUCAUCUCUGCUGAAAACAGCCGAGGAUUUACACAUAAAAGGAUUGGCGGAGGUGAGCUGGCGAAGUGAUUCAACACAGAAUGAACUGAACAACAGUGGGCACAGUCCGGGAGCUGGAACUCCCGGUGUUGAAACAGUACUGAGGGAAGGUGAUCCAGACGAAACACCCCCUCCAAAACAAAAACGUCGUGGUAGACCACCCCUCGACGAUCCACCAUCAGCCCACGACGUAUUCACACCUAAAGUUACAUGCAUCACUGGAAACGUACGAACAUUUCCUGAGGAAAUGAUGAGUGAGGGCGAUCACGAGAGCUGGGACGAUGAUAUAAUGAUGAACGAGAACAAUGAGCCACCGCUACCCGUGUUGUCCUACUUAUCCAAGGAAGACGUCAACUCAGACCAAGAAAAAAAAUCAUCCACAGCUCCCAGCACUCCGUCAAACUCAAAUGCAACGAACCCAGCGAUUCCCGAACAAUUCCGUGACGUUGUAAAAAUGAAUGACUACCUAACAACAGGCAGACGACAGGAAUUCUGGGAGGAGCCAUUCACGAGACGCGUUAUGGAUGCUAUCAAGAGUAAAGAACUGGAGAUGAAGACUGCCGCCGAGAUACUUGGUGUAUCCUAUGGAACACUAUACGGAAGAUAUCGAGACAGUUAUGGUUGCCUUAAACACCCUUACAGAGUCCGAGACUUUUGGUCAGAGCCAGGACCUGCCGAAGUCCUAUCAAAACUUCGAAGGAAAGAAAUAACCCUAUUCCGCGCAGCCGAAUUUCUCAAUGUCACCGUCCACACACUUGCGACGUAUCUAUCAACGUUACAAGGCCCCGACAGAAUUUCAUUGGCCGGUGAAUUGAGUGCUGCAAGCCCAUUGGAUAGCAAUGACGGUGAUCCAACAAAUGAUUCAGUUAAUGAAAUAUUGCAAAAAUUCAAUGCCACUGGUGCAACAGCAACGAUACCAACAACAUCAGCAUCGAUAAAAAGAGAGGGAGGUGGUUACAUUGAACUUGCCAGUGCAAUGCCAAAAGCAGCGAGCUCAGUGUUGGAAAAUAAUCCAGACAUAACAAUUGUUAAAACAGAGAGUAUUCAACGCAAGAGGGAAUACUCGAAAGUGUCAAAUACGGAAAAUAAUAAUGCUAAAUUAAUGAGUGGUGGAGCGGUCAGUGAAUUGCAACAGAAAAUAACAGAUCCAUUGUCGUUAAACAAUGAUCACAAUAAACCAUAACUGUUCAGGCCUUAUUUGACACCGAAUAUUCCUAGAUUUGUACAAAAUCAUGGCUACAGGAGGGAGCUCUGCCCUAGGAGAUUUUAUUCUAAUUUGUUCAGUAGAUUUCUCACAAAUUUUCAGUUGAAAUAGUUUUGUUGUUUGUUUUUUUUAAAUUAUUUUUUUAAUUGAAGAUGAACUCUCAAUCAUUUUAGGGCUAUAGGAAAUUAAGACAGGGGAAAUUUUCCCUCUAUUUCCUCCGUCAAAAACACUUUUCAGUUGACUAUUGGAAAUUUGUGGGAUAAUCUCUCGGGAGAUGUACAGAGGCUUUGAAGUUGGAAAUAUUCUUCAGACCGUCUUACCAACUCGUCAAUGUGAAUAAAAUACAAUGUGUGACAAUAUCUUCAACUCUAGGGCAGAGACACGGUAGUCGUUGAGAUAUUCAUUCCUUUUCUAUAAUUUUUUUUCAUCAUUUUCAAUAGAAAGAGAGGUGUCUGUUGAUUUUUAGGAUGUCCUUGUAUUUGAAAUUUUUUAUUUCAAUUGUUUCGAGUGAUAUUUAUAGACGGGUGUUGAGCCUUUUUCAAUUUUUAUAUCCACUUGGGUUUUCAAGAUUUAUUGCGACAAACAACAGACGAAUCACUCGAUAAUAUCUGUGACCCCGAAAUCAGCAGAAGUUUCAUUUCUUUCGUACAAUGAAAAAUUAUAAAAAAAAAUUAUUUAUGCCACGUGAAUGCAUACUCACGAGUGAUUGAUUACAGUAUGAAUCUGUAAUGCAAUGGAAAUGUUCAUGGCUUGAACGAAAAUUGAAUAACUAGUUUUGUUUUUAUCGUCUGAGAAAAUGGAAUUUUGAGAUGGACUGACGUACGAUAUAGUGAAAAAAAUGAAUAUAAAUAAUAAAUAAAUAAAUAGAAGAAUCGAGGAGCAAAUGAAGAUACACGCAUAGCAACUAAAUAAAUAUUUAACAUACUAUUGCCUAUGUGAACAUUUAGAAAACGAUAAAUGAAGAAUUAUAUUUUUUUCUCUUUUUAUAUAAACAAAAACAUUGGUAUAGAAAUAAAAUAUGCACUCGUAGAUGUUUUAGAGACGUUAAUAGGUGUUACAUUUAAUGCGAGCUUUUUUAUAAAAAUUUUAAGUGAACUUUUUUUUUAUUUAAGAAUUAUUAAAGAUAAAUUAAACUAUUGGAAAACAUUACUUGAUUGUAUAUCAAAGACGUUUCAUUAAUUAUAUUGAAUAUUAGUUAUUAUUUCCUAUUCUUUGAGACAAAAAUAAAUAAAUCAUAAACGUCCAUUUGUAAAUAUCGGAGCAAUAGAGAUUUCUGGAGGAUGAAUUUAUGUUAUUUCUCAGAACUAAGUGGCUUUUUUUACGAAAAAUGAAAAUUAAAUCAUGGUAUGCCUGAAUAUGAUGACUUGUUCGUAUUUGGAUUAGCUUCGUGAGUUGUUUGGAAAUUUGCUCAAAUCGAGUAGAAUUUUUUCCUUGAAAAAUGUACCCACAGACUUGUUUAGCAAUUGCUGUGGAUGUAUUUGUCAACGGAAAGGUCUCCCAUGAAUUUUAACAACAGCUUAAAAAUCUCCCUUUCUCCAAAUCUCCAAAAUAUUCACGCAACUAAUUACAAUAAUAAUUUCUACUCAAUCCCUGCUUCAUCAUUAUGAAUAAUACGAAUUACAUAUUCAGGUAAACGAAUUGCUUUUUAUGCUUAUUCACACCUUAUGACAAUUGUAUUUUUUUUCGAUUAUACAAAAUUAUUUGUUCUUUUCUCGAGCUAGACACAAAAUUGUGAGGCAAGAGUGAAUAAUUGAAUGUGAAAAAGAAAUAAAAUAUUGAAAUUUCCCUAAAUGAAAAAAAAAAUAAUAAUAAUAAUGACUGGAUAAACCGAGUAUUCCUGUUUGCUGAUUGUAAAAUUAAGUAGAAAUUUAAGAAGUAUAAAUAAUAGGUAUUUUUCAUUGAAUAUUUUUCGAUGAUAAACAACAACAAAAAAAAUAAAUAAGACUUAGUUCCCUUCGACUUCAUCAUGUCUGGACACUUGUGGAGGUGUUUGAAUAAUUGUUUUAUUUUUUCUGUUUCGAAAAAUACGCAAAUGAAUAUUCUUUUGCAUUUCUUGUGAUAUGUAUAUACCGUGUAUUUAUUAUUCUUGGAUUAGAUGGCUUUCAGGAGUGAAAUUAGCCACUUCAUCUGGAUACGGAGACGAGUUUUAUUUUGUCCCCCCGAGGGAGCCAAACGAUCAUUUCAAAUUAAUUUUUGAUCAUAAAAAAAAAUAGUUUUUAUAAAAGAGACUAAUUAUGUUCUCAAAGACUGCAAGAUGAACUAAAUUUAUGCAUAGAAAAGAAAAAACUGAAAUAGAUAAAAAAAAAUAUCGAGAGUCUGGUCAUUCGCUCAUCCCCCACAAGUGUCUUACGAUUUCCACAGAUCGAUUUUAAUAUAAGUACUCAUCAGCUACGAUUUCUCAUUUACGUUCAUCCACAACUGUUUCAUAAAUUUUUUAAAUAUGAUUUUCAAAAAUAAUGGAUCUACUCAUUUUUUUCUUCAUAAAAACUCGUCUCGUUUAAUUGAAAAUAAUAAUUUUGUGAUUAAGUAAAAUAAGGAGAUGUGUAUUGCAUUUAUAUUCCCACAGUUUUUAAUUUGCUCUUCAUUCAAACUGAUGUCUCUCAGGAACAAGUGGUCGACGGCCAAUGCGACUGGGGCAGUUGCAAAGCCAGGAAUUUUUUUUGAUGCCCUGCUAUCGAUUCUCAUUGAUUAAUGAUCACCAAAAACAUAUUCCGUCAAUCUCCUGCCAAUGGCCAACACCACAAUAUUCUUGUAGUUUAACAAAUAGUUAACACUUGUCCAUAGAAAAACAAAACUAGAUAUCCCAUCCCCACUACUCUUAAGAUUCUCUUUCUUUUAAUUGAUCACAAAAUUUCAAACUUCCGAUGAACUCAUAAUGCCUCACCGUUCAGUGGGUCAAGUAAAACGAAAUAAUUGAUAGAUAAUCGUUUAUUUUAUCAUAAUAAAAAUAAGACUAAGACAUACCAAAUGAGAAGCGUAAGAACUUUUUUUUUAGAUUUAGUAUUGUAUCGCAUAUCAAGAGAGCAAAUGCAGAAAAAAAAUAAAUAAAUGAAUUAAAUACA